UAUGUCUACUACAAUCAGUACAUCUUGAGAAGUGGUUUACUAAACAUCACAAAAAUGCCAGCAUAUAAAAUUUUUACCAUAUUUAUGGUCUUAUUCUUGGCUCAAUCGUCUCUGGCCAAACCCGUAGAUGAUUUAUCCAGUCUCUUUGACUCUUCCGAAGAGGAAAUGAGAAAGAAUCCAACACCCGCACAAAAAUUGCUACUCUUCACACUCGAUAAUGUCAUUUCCUUAGGCAAAAGUUACUCCGCCAAUGCCUUCAAUGUCAGUCGUAAUAUACUGAAAGACGAGUCUCUGAUGGCCAACGAUAAACCCGAAGUCUUAGAAUUCAAAAAGAAUCUCACCAUGUUUGUGGAAAAGUAUGAAGCCAACAAAAAACCACUGCUAUUAUGGGAUAUUAUGGACAUAUAUAUAGUCACCAUCGACAAAUACAGCGAUAUACCAGAAGAAAAACUUACCACAGAAUCAAAAUUUAUCUCGGAAAUCGUAGAUAAAUAUAAUAGCGAUCUAACAGCCCUAGAAUUCGCUAUAGAUGUUGUAUUGUUUAUGAGAAAUUUUGAGCUGAUGUUUGAAGAGCAUAAAGCUGAUUUGGAUAAGCCCAUGUUGGAUUGGUACGAAAAUUACUGCAAUUUAGAUGAUUUUGAGGAAAAAAUUGAUGCCAUUAAUGGUUUUAUUGCUAUGGUUUGAAAAUGUAUUUAAAUAUUAGAAAGAAAAAUGUACUGUGUAGCUGAACUAAAUAAAAAAAACAAGUAAGAAAGUAUGGUCGGUCAAGCCCGACCAUAUAAUACCCUACACUAAGUAAAAGAGCAAAAA